AUGCUUCGACGGCUAGUUGCUGAUGAUAAGUUUAUGUUAGAAGUCGACGGAACCUCUUUUGACUUUACAUACAUCUUACCAAAUUUGGUCGCGAUGGGUUACCCUGCGACUGGUAUCACCUCGCAGUGGCGAAAUUCCAAAGAGGAAGUCGCACAGUAUUUAGAAGAACAUCACCACAACAAUUACAUGAUCUGGAACUUGACAGAGAAGUCUUACGGUUCACUCGAGUUCCAGAAUCGAGUAGAACACGUCGGAUUUUUGGACCAUCACCCUCCGAGGUUUAAUCACCUUUUAAAAGUUGUUGGCGAUAUUUUGCUGUAUAUCUUAGACAACCCCAAUCAUGUGGCGUGUGUCCACUGUAAGGCUGGGAGAGGAAGAACUGGGUUGGUGUGUUCAUGUGUGUUAUUGGCACUUGGCGUUGUGUCUGAUGCGAAAGAAGCACUCGAAUUCUUCGCAAAGAGAAGGUCGAAGAUAAUGAAAGGAGCAACUUCACCACCUCAAAUAAGGUAUUGCCACAACUUCUAUUAUUACUUGUCCGUCUCGCCCAGAGAAGUGCCGUUUAAACCGAUUCCGGAUUAUAGUGUUGUGAUUAGAACAGUCGUGGUGUCGAACUUCAAACCGCUUAAUAUCACUAAAGAUUUUUCGGAUGUAGCAAUUCCAGUAUUCUAUUUCUCGAGGUUGUCACACUCGGAAGCGAAACCAUUGCUCACACGAACACCACAGAACUGUAAAGAAAUGAAGGAGGGAGCGUUUGUCGUAAGCUUUCAAAAUGUCGUGUUAGAGAAUGACACAGUGAUAACAAUUGCGGCGGAAACAAGGGACAAGACUGUUGUGUUUGGGAAGAUCAUUUUGCACCCACUCUUUAUCGACACGCAAUUUGUGUAUACGUUUGACAUCGACAAGAUCAUGGACCCCACUGAAGGAGUUAACAGGAAUUUGAUUGGGAUGCCACGGAACAUCCAAUUCAUUACAACAUUUGAGAGCGAUAAAAGAAUUACGAAGGAAGUUGAAGAAUUUCACCAAAAAGUCAUCACGGUUUCUAAAGUUGCUCCAUUGGACGAAAUGCAUAGGAGUCAGCCACCACCACUUCCCAUUAGAAAAGUGUGGAAAGAGCGGAAGGUGAUGAUCAACUCAUCUCCAAGGGGAUCUCGAAAAGUACAAGCGCCGCCAUUGCCACCAAAGAAUCCAGCUCUAAGAAAAGAAGAAACGCUUGAAGAGAGAGACUUCGUGAGAGUAAUGUGA